AUGGCCGGGAAAUCCAUGCUUGCCGUUUGCUACGACGGCUACGGCGGCGGUGCUGCCGCCCUCAAGCAUGUUCAGAUUCCAGUUCCUUCUCCAAAGAAAGAUGAGGUGCUGCUAAAAUUGGAAGCAGCAAGUAUAAAUCCAGUUGAUUGGAAAAUUCAGAAAGGAAUUAUGCGACCAUUUAUGCCUUCGAAAUUUCCAUUUGUUCCAGUGACCAAUGUCGCAGGAGAGGUGGUUGAGGUCGGUCCUGGUGUGCCGACCUUCAAAGCGGGUGACAAAGUUGUCUCUAUGCUUAACUUUAUGAGUGGCGGUGGACUAGCAGAGUAUGCUGUGGCACAAUUGAAGCAGACAGCCAGUAGGCCGCCAGAAGUAUCUGCCCUGCCUAUAGCUGCCUACACUGCUCUCAAGGCACUAAAAUCUGGGGGCGCCAAUUUUGAUGGCGAGAACCAGGCCACAAACGUUCUGGUUACUGCAGCCUCUGGUGGUGUGGGAACAUAUGCUGUUCAGCUCGCCAAACUAGCUGGGCUCCACGUGACAGCAACCUGUGGUGCUCGCAACAUCGAUCUAGUGAAGAGUUUGGGUGCUGACGAGGUGCUAGACUACAAAACUCCUGAAGGUGAAAGCCUGAAGAGCCCAUCUGGGGUGAAGUACGACGCAGUCGUGCAUUGUACUGUUGGAAUUCCUUGGUCCACUUUUGAGCCCAAUCUUAGUGCUAAUGGGAAGGUUAUAGACUUAACGCCGUCACCAUGGACUUUCGUGAGCUGUGUAGUGAAGAAGCUGACAUUUGCGAAGAAGCAGGUGGUCCCAUUGCUUGCAGCUCCUGGUAAAGAUGACCUCGGGUUUCUCGUGGAGCUGGUGAAGGAAGGGAAGCUGAAGACGAUAGUAGAUUCAAAGUACCCACUGAGUGCGGCAGAGGAGGCUUGGAGUCGGAGCAUGGAUGGUCAUGCUACAGGAAAGAUUAUCGUCGAAAUGUAAAGUAAGAGAUUGCAAUACUUUACUAAUGUGUGUUCGAUACAGGAAAGAUUAUCGUCGAAAUGUAAAGUAAGAGAUUUCAAUACUUUACUAGUAUGUGUUCGAUGUAUGGUAUCUGUAGUUGGAUGAAUCGUGUCUAUGUUUCUACAACUGAUGAAUGUGUGAUGCUCUCUGAAAUAUAAGCAGCUAGACAUCUGUAGUUGUUUGUUGUUA